CACUACACAACACUAUCGCUGAGUGAAGUUUUGUACAGAUUAAUGAAGAGUACAUUUUGUCCAGUGCCCCCGCAGCGACCUAAGCCCGACUCCAAAACAUGUUAUCUGCAGUGGAGAACCCGAAUAAGUUGCAGCACGACAGAGUAGCUUAAACGUUAGCUCUUAAAUGUGUCAACGUUACCCUGAAAUGGACCGAGAGCCCUCUAUUUCACAGACACGCUGGGAGCUACAGUAGAGGUGGGCAGGAUGGGGGAGCGGGCGGUCAGCGGCUCUGUGGCUGCCAUCUCUCCGGUGCAGCAGAUGCUGGCUUCUGGCACUGGAGCCCUCCUCACAUCUAUUUUUGACCCGCCGCUCGUACCUGUUCCACGAAAAGACACACAUCCUGCAACGAGCCGGAAAUGCUUCAUGUAUUGUAACGGGCUGAUGGAUCACGUCUAUGUGUGUCAGACUGGAACCAGUUGCACCAGCUGGUACAAAACACCAACCCAUUUCAGUGGGACGCUUGAUGCCUUUGUGAAGAUAACUCGGCACGAAGGUUUCAGAUCUUUGUGGAGUGGACUGCCACCAACACUGGUGAUGGCUGUCCCUGCCACGGUCAUCUACUUCACCUGCUACGACCAGCUGCGGGACUUCCUGAGAUACGGCCUGGGUUUCCAGGGCAGCCACAUCCCUCUUGUUGCUGGGGGUCUGGCCAGAUUGGGGGCUGUGACGGUGAUCAGCCCUCUGGAGCUGGUCAGGACCAAGAUGCAGUCCCGCCAGCUGUCCUACAGCGAGCUGCGGGUGGGUAUCCGCUCGGCUGUGGCUCAGGGCGGGCUGCUGUCCCUGUGGAGGGGCUGGGGACCCACCGUGCUCAGAGACGUACCCUUCUCUGCUUUGUACUGGUUUAACUAUGAGCUGAUGAAGGCUCGGCUGUGUGAACAGUCCCGGAUGAAUCAGGCCAACUUCUCCAUCAGCUUCACUGCAGGAGCCGUCUCUGGAGCUAUCGCUGCGAUCCUGACGCUGCCUUUUGACGUGGUGAAGACACGGAGACAAAUCCAGCUGGGAGAAAUAGAUGCUCUGGGAGUUGCCUCAAAGAGAACAACGUCCACAUGGCACAUAAUGAAGUCAAUAUGGGCUGAGAUGGGCUACAGGGGCCUUUUUGCAGGUUUCAUGCCCAGGGUGAUCAAGGUGGCCCCGGCCUGUGCCGUCAUGAUAAGCUCCUAUGAGUUUGGGAAGACUUUCUUCCAAAAAAUGAACCUGGAUCGAGAGCGACUGGGAUCCUGAAUGCUCCGUGUGCUGCUGGGUGACUGUUCACAGCUCGACAUAAGGACAGUCGGGACAAAGUCUCUGACGGACCCGGAUUUGGUUUUGUUUGAACAUAAAUGAAGAGGAUUCACCCACAAAUCAAGGAUGUCUCUCUCUCUGGAAAUGUGGAAAGACUUGAAUAAAACUUGACACACACUUCACAUCCAUGAACACAAUAAUAAUCUUGAACAACAAUCCUGAAAACUCUUUUAUCACGACCUUUAUGCAUGCAGAUUACUUGAGUAAACUUUAACAAAGCGUUUCUUUAAAUAAGAGAAUAAUUGAUUUUCUCUUUCUCUGUGCACAAAAUUAAUCUGCAGGAAAUUGGGGUUAGAGGUAAAUGCUUUGUGGGGAAAUACAAACCUUCUUAAGGGCUGAAAGUACAUCAGUACUGUUGCAUUGGUCUGAGGGAAAUGUUCUCAUUCCCACGUUACAUGGCCUGAACCAACUGCAUGGUGUGUUCAACUGUUUACAGUGCAGAAUCCAGAUACACCCUGCAUUGUCUUCACUGCAUUCCUGUAGCAGUGAAGCAUGGUUUUAAUUUGAUCACUUGGAGCACUAAACAAUUGUAAGACAAGUGUUGUGAAAUGAAAUCAGAAAGAUAAGUACAUGUUUGUUGAAUCCAAGCCUCGUUUGUGAUCUAUUAACUGGAGGAAAGCGGCAGUAAAUGAGACACACAUCCUGAUUGAAGCAAGGCUUCUUUAAAUAUAAAGAAUUUAGCAUUUCAUGUUAUGAUUACAUUGCAAGAAUAUAUGAACAAUUUAGCACAAUUCUUUCUGGAACCAACACACCCAGAUCCAAAAUGACAAAUUUGGCAAAGACUGUUUGGUACCUACCUCCAUGUGAAAUUAUUUGAAUAUCUGUCCUACAAUAAAGAUUAUAUAAAAGCUACAACACUGGAUCAUAAAACAAAAAAUGUAUGCCUUUACCUGAAAUGUGUCUCCUCUGAUUUUUUUAAUGAAUUAAAUGGAAGUAAAUGUUGAGAUGGCUUGCA